UACAUAGAUUAACGCGUGCGACGAUCGGUUGUCGGAAGGGGCAUAUAUUUGGCAAGUGGGCGAAAAAAACUCGGCCUGCACCCUGUCUCAUAAAGCAGAGGACACAAUAAGCUGCAACAUCUCCUCGAAUAUAUCUCCCGUCUUAACGCUGGGCGAUAUUUCUUCCACCAACCGAAAAGUGGGUCUUCGAAAGACUUUAUUCUCUAGCAAAGGGCUUAUUAAAGUCAGUUCGGCCGACGAAGUGGCUGCCAGCAUCCUUUACCAGACCGUUUGUAACUCCGUGUCUUUUAAACGGUGCACUUCUUUUCUCAGAUCAUAAUCUUCGGAUAUUGUCUAAAUCUUAUCUGGAGGAUUUUGACAACCUUCGCAUUACCCCCUAAGGCAUUAUGAGGACAUUUAUAGUAGCCAUCUUUUUGUUAUGUGUCGCCGCCCGGGCCUACGGGCAGAGGAUGCCCGGACAGGCCGUUUAUCCCCUCCAAGGCUGCCAACCUGGAUGGACAAAUUUCGGAAAAUUCUGUUACAAGUACUUCUACGAACGUCUACCGUUCAUGGAGGCCCAGAUGCAGUGUCUCAGUUUCCGCGCAAGCCCACUGGCUCCUCGAGGCUACCUGAUCACAGCGAAGGACCAGACGCAUAACAGAUUCCAGCACAAUUUCCUCACCUUUACAGGCGGGGCCAACAACAAAGUCUGGAUGGGUCUUGCAGAGAGGCAAUACAAUGUAUUCUGGUGGGCCGAUGGCACGCCCUUCCGCCCCCAUGACUGGAACCUGUUCAAACCGGAUCAACCCCAACAGAAUCACCACAUCGAUGGCGUCUUCACAUUCGACAAUUAUCCAUACCAAACAUGGGUCACUUCAAGCCACGAGACGCAGAUGUCUUUCACAUGCCAAUAUCAGUAUCUACCAUGAGGAGAAACUCAAUUAGAAGACUCUAGAUAUUUUUGAUAAAUUCUAGCCCCCGUAACACAAAGAUUUGCAAUCAAUUCCAAUAUUGAAACAACGAUUCCGAUUGGUUAAUGAUCAGCCUUUUGAACACCAAGCGCACGCAUCGAUGAUGUUGAUUGGCCAUUGUCAUUUUGCAAUUGAUUGCAAACCUUUGAGUUACGGAGCCCUGAAGACUGUUCUCAUUUGAAUGAUAUAACGAAUAACACAUUGCUCUGACUGCUACAGUAGAAUAUUAAACACACGAAGGUAAACGUGAAUGUUUGAGAUCCACGACGCACGGGGGAGUGGGAUUUUGACUACUCUCUAGAAACCGACUGGUAAUAAUAUUAUUGCAGUGUUCGAAAUAUGUGUUAUUUGUGUUACAUGUGGCUCUCGUUCAUACUUUAUAAAGAACCAAUGUUAGGUAAAGUUCGUACAUAUAAAAAGGAGUAAUAAUUCUACCAUUUUAAGGACCUCGUACAUAAAACAGUUGUAUAAUCUAACGUAACUUGAUUUUCAACCAACGAGGAUUUUUGCUUUUGAGUUUAUAAAUGAACCCUUUUUUUGGCAGAAGGAUCGAAUUUCGUAUUGUAAACGAAAUUUUCUUUAUUGUUAUUUGAAUGCUGCAAAUUUUAAACGCCCAAGAUGCACGAGUCUGCGCAAAUUUAAACGCUUGAAGAAGAAAACGAAGACAUCAUUAUUGCUUUUAUCAAAGGGGCGUCGCCGAAUUGAUGUUAUUGUAAUUGCUUUAAUAAACGGAAAUGUAAAUAGGAUACAAUUUAUAUAAAGCAUGGUUCUAUGCAAAUUUUGACAUGAAAAAUUGUUAUUUGGCAGGUGUUUUAGCUAUGAAUAUUAUUUUGGAAAUAAAAAUAUAUGCAUCAUAUACUGCAUUAACCCUUGUAUUAGCAAAGCAAGAAGUUACAGUUCAUGCUAGUGCUAUUUUUAAACACGACAUUCAACCCCAAUACAUUUCUUGAAUAAGGAACAGCUAUGAAUCAGAAUAUGCAAACAUAUUGUUAACUCAUUCAGAAUGAAUGAUAGAUUAAAAAAUACGUUUUGAAAUAAAAGAUGAGUAACGAGUGCAAAAUCAAAUUUUUGGAUCUAUGAAAAAAACAUCACACUAAUGGUAAGCGAUUGAAUUUUUAAAAACUAUGGAAUUAACUAAUUCGUUUCUGAGGCUAUCCACCCGAAAUUCUGGGAUCUAAGAGGUGUAAGAUACACAUCUAGAUAUGCUAAAUUUCAAAAAUAGAUGAAUCAGAAAACUUACUUCAUUUAUUAAAUCUGUGUCUUGUAAAAUUUUGCAAUAAAAAUAAGAUUAAUAAAAACUCUUUGAUUGCUGUAA